AUGGAGUUUUAUUCGCCACAGCCAGAGCAUGCCCAAUUGGGGUCUAUGCUAGGGAAAGCUAACGAAAGAUUGCUCUCCCAAUUGCACCAGCAAGUUCUAGCAGCUACAAAUGGUAACCGUAAUAACAAUAUCGGUGGUGUAAACCCUUCUACAUCAAUAGAUAGCGUACUUUCGAGUGGUAAUGGCAGCAAUGGAGAGCAUCCAAUACCAUCACCACCACUUUCACCCAAAUUUGAUAGCCAUCAUUACAAAAUUUCUGCAUUACCCGAUGAUUUGAGAGAGGAAGAGGAUGAAGACGAAGACGACAGUGAUUCUAUCAAAGUUCAAUUAUCGUGGGUUCCAGGACUCUCGCCAAAGAGGUAUAGGUAUGCGCAUUCGAAUUUUUUGGGGGAAUAUAGAAUCUUUAGCCCCCAUGCUACGCAACCACGUACCAGAAGGUAUAAUACUAAGAAGUCUUUAGACCAUCAGGAAAGAAGUGCACAGAAUUUUAACAGGACCCGCAGAUUUAUGCGUAGGCAUGAAAUGUUGCUAUCGGACACUCAGGAUGAUGAUGAUGAUUAUUCUGAUGAAUUACAAGUACCAAAGAGACCUUCAACACCACAGCGUCGUCGCAGAACUGCACAGCCGUUAGGCUCGCCUUUAGCUUCAGCAACUGCAGUCUCAGGUAUACCACAAUACGUUCCUAAUAUGUCAUGGGAAAAAUUGCCUGACUAUUCGCCUGAUCCUUAUAAGACCCUGCCAGAGAACAACAGCAAAUCGUUAAAGGUAGAAUGGAAGGGCUCACCGAUGGACUUGUCGCAUGAUCCACUUCGUCAUCAAUUGCAUCCUGCAGAGUUGGUACUAUCACAGAUACUGAGGUUACCAUGUGAUCUUUAUUUGGAUUCUAAGCGUCGUCUUUUCCUAGAGAAAGUUCACAGGUUAAAACAAGGAUUGCCAUUCAGACGUACGGAUGCCCAAAAGGCAUGUAGAAUUGAUGUCAAUAAGGCUUCAAGGCUUUAUGCUGCCUUUGAGAAGGUCGGAUGGUUAAAUGAUAGUGAUUUCAGGAAGUUCUUGUAA